AUGCUCCGUGGUUACGCUUUAUAUCUGCUCCGUUAUCACGUCAGCCUGAGAGAGGAUAUAACUAUGCCAAGAAAAAAGUCUGCUUCGAAGAAGGCCAAGGAGGCCGCAUUGAGAGAGUCUCUUAAGAAAGAGGAACAGGUUCAGACCCGCACAGAGGAGCAUGGGGGGGAACUAAGUGCCGGUGAAUCCGAGUACUCUGGGUCAUCUUCCUCUGAGGAAGAGGAGGACGAUUAUGGUGAGUUGGUCACCGAGGAUGUCGAGGAAGGUAUUAAUAAAGUGUUGACUGCCAUUAGAAACAACGAUACUUCUACUCUGCUGGACCCGAAGGUAAAAUUCUUUCAAGAGUCGGAAGGUAAGACCCCACUGGACAAGAAGAGGGACAAACCGGUGUACUUGAAGGACUACCACAGAAUGAACUUGCUGUCUGGUGACGCAUUGAAGGAUAACGACCAAUUGGAUAGAGAGGAUUUCUCACGUACGGUGGACGGUCAACAGUCGUAUGUGUCACAGCAGAGGGACGAACGGAACGAACUGUUGAACGAGAUCAAGAACGCGGUCGAUGUGGCCGGAAGUGAUGACAGUGAUGACGGGUUCAUGAAGAAGAAACAACUCGUGGCCAGUACCGACGGUGCCACCGGUACUAGUUCGGAGAAACGGAAACUGCCAGACCCGAAGGAGGGUCAAGGUGAUGAAUUCUUGGACGAGUUCCUACAGAGGCAGGCAUGGAUUCCUCAACCGGGGGAUAAGACGAUCGAUCUCGAUAUCGCAGAUGCCGCUCUAGAGGACGAACGCAAUUUCGACGACGCCGUAGAAGACUUCGAAAAGGCGUAUAACUUUAGGUACGAGGACCCAAACGCCGCGGAGAUCGUGUCGUACGCGCGUACGCAGGCUACACUAAGGCGGUCGAAGACCAACUCCCGUAGACGGAAGAGAGAGGAUGAAAGGGAGACCAAGAUAAAGGAGCACGAAAAGAGGGAAGGUGCCGUACAGAAGAAGAAGAUAAAGAAGGUCAACAAGUUGACGGACGUACUUUCACAAUUGCAGAAGGAGUACGGCGCCGAGAUUGACGAGAAAAUGGUCAACAAGAUCACCAACACGCUUUUGAACAGCGAAUACUCGGAAAACGACUGGGAUAACGUCAUCGCGGAGCUGUUCAACGAGCAAUACUACGAGGACUCUGGAGAAAAGCCCAAAUGGGACGAUGAUCUUAUGGAGGAGGACAACGAAAACGACGAUAAUGGGGAAGUGGAGGAACCAGAAGAGGAACCCAAAGAGCAGAUCGUUGAAGACACCACGGAAGAACCGACUCGCAAGAGCAGAAAGGCCAAGAAGACCGACAAACAGCAGGAGAAGAAGCAGAAAAAGAAGCUUGUGGAUCUAGUCGACCACGCUGUCGAGAAGAACAAAGUGGCAUUGCUCGAAGAGGUGGAGAAGGACCUGGAGGAGAGAGGUAGGAGUAAGACUCAGCCGGAGAUCAAAUUCAGAUACCGUGAGGUGUCCCCUGAGAGUUACGGUUUGAACGCGCGAGAGAUAUUUGCCGCAGAUGACACAGACUUGAACGACUUCAUCAGCUUGAAGAAGUUUGCACCUUACAGAGAGAAAGAGUUACGCAGCAAAGACAAGAGGAAAGUGACCAAGUCGAAACGUCUCAGAGAGUGGAGGAAGAAAGUGUUUAAAGACGAGAAGGGUCUGGCGGCCGCACUUGCAGAGGGAGGGGAGGACACUAUCCCCAUCGCACAACCCGUCGAGGAAGUAAAGCACAAGAACAAAAGGCAUGAUAAACGGCGUUGA